AAGAUGGGGAACUGGAGUAAUUCAUCAGUAAUCSAUAUGCUGUCACAGCCCUCCGCGUCUCAAGACUUAUACAUCGUUAUUCUUACUAGUGUGCUGAUAAUAUUACUAAUAGUUUUAACUUUGGUCGGCAAUAUCAUGGUAUUAGUAACAUUUUUUAUGUGCAAGGAGCUGCGGAGUAUCACCAAUUAUUUUCUUGUGUCAUUAGCAAUUGCCGAYUUGCUAACAGCUAUCCUAGCUAUGCCUAUUUUUCUAAUGCUCAGGAUCACGAACGAUCAUUGGGACUUUCCUGGGGGAAUGAUCUUUAAACAUUUAUUUAAAGCUGUUGAUAUAAUAAGCGGAACUGCGUCAAUUUGGAACCUUUGCCUGAUUAGCGUCGAUCGAUUCCUUGCCAUCAACAUGCCUCUGAAACACAUGGUAAUAUUGACACCUCGAAGAGCUGAAAUUGUGAUUGUAAUUGUGUGGGGAUUUGCCUUAGCUCUAUCCUCCCUCAUGUAUGUCAAUUGGCCAUACAAAGCGUACCCGAUAGUCACGCUCAGUUUUUUCUUGCCUCUAAUUYUGAUACUGUUUUCGUAUGUUAAGAUUUACAACACUAUGAGAAACAGAACUUUUGUUCAGCGGAGAAGAGUAGGGAUGAAACUCAAAAGAGAUUUUCGCAUGGCGAAGCAAAUUAUCUUAGUUAUUGGUUCAUUUUCGAUUUGCUGGUGUGGAUUCUUUGUGGUGGUGAUUAUUCUUGCUGUGGGUAAAAUCGCUGUUGGACUUGUAGUCCUUAAUAUUGUUAAAGUUCUUACCUAUCUCAACUCGUGUCUUAAUCCUCUAUUAUUUACUUUUAUCAGUCAAAAAUUUAAAAUUGCUUUCACUCAAAUAUUUCACUGUCAAAAACCUGACUUACGAAGAGCAAGGAAUUUAAUUUCUCAAAGAAGGAACAACCUGGAACAAUACAAUUCCAUAAUAACUUCAGCGAUGCCGACAUUAACGUCAGAAUCACGACACUCUACUCCUUUGAUACAGAGAAAUCUGGUUCGCACAGAAUCUUCGUUUGAUGAAAAAGAAACUACAGUAUAAGAAAACGCUUUAUUCAAUAAAACAUAAUUGCACUACUCUCUAACGAAAAGGCGCCAAAUGWCAAAGAUUAUUAAAACUACGCUUGUUAAUUGUGAGAUAUUUAAUCUUCAGCUAAUCAAAUGCAGUGUUUGAAUUAGAUAGCUUGGUUGUUGUGCUAUAGUAUGGCCUUGUUAAUUAGUCACUGGUUAAAAGAGAAAUGAAUAAGACCUAUGUUGACACUCCCAGUAUCAUGUGCAAACAGACCUUCUUCGUUAUUCAUGAAUUGUGUAGCACUUGUCAGCACAGAUUUAUUAAAAAUGAUUUAACUUUAAUCAUUACGAAGCCAGAAUUAGUGGAAGCUACAAAAAUAGCAACAAAAUGAAAAUUCUCACUAAAGGCAAAAUGAAGCGAGUUAUUAUGUAAACAUAUUAAUUACAGAAGCAAUAAAGGAUGGGCUGUUGUGGUUUAUUUUAGCGCCGGAAUAAUCUGCUGUGGGACGUUGGAAAAUGCAAUCGACAAGCCUCAAAUUCGGCUUUUUCGAGUAUUCCUCAAGACCCCAAAGUGCUUUAAUUAUUUUGUUGGUAAACCAUCGCAAUUGCUUGAUCACUUGAUGGACAUCAACCAUUACCUYGAGAGAGUACAUUUACCGGCGAUACAAAGCACCCUUUUGGACCAAUCAGAGUGCGAGAAAGAAAGCGGACGCUGUUCUAAAACUACUUAGAAAUUUCAGCAAUAUUAACUCA